AUUGGAAACCCAAAGUCUUAGCCUAAUAUGUCGUCCCCAGCGGUGAGCACACAGUCCCCUAUCACGCCUUGUCCAACUGCUACACACUGCUACUCAUUCCAAAUUUGCAUCGAUUAUUGCUACCUACCUGCAUCUGUAUCCUACCUCUACAGACUCGCGUCUAACUCCUAUCCCAAUUCAUCGUAUACUGUUUAUCAGUACAGCUACUAAUCGGUCAUGAUGCGUUCACAGAAGAUGAUGCGCCGGAAGAAGAACGUGAAGAAGGGAAUUCAGUUCUGCUUGAUGGUCUGCGGUGCUUCGGGAACAGGCAGAACAACUUUCGUAAACACCCUCUGCAGCAAGAGCGUCUUGAACCAUAAGGAAUCCGACGAUGCCACCGCUGCCCACGUUGAGGAUGGCGUUAAGAUUAAGCCUAUCACCGUUGAGCUCGAAUUGGAUGAGGAGGGUACUCGUAUCUCCUUGACCAUCGUCGACACCCCUGGUUUCGGUGACCAGAUCGACAAUGAAGCAAGCUUUUCGGAGAUCGUUGGGUAUCUCGAGAGACAAUACGAUGACAUCUUGGCUGAGGAGUCGCGUAUCAAGCGUAACCCCAGAUUCAGGGACAACCGUGUGCAUGCGAUGCUGUACUUUAUCACACCUACCGGUCAUGGUCUUCGUGAACUCGACAUCGAACUGAUGAAGCGCCUUGCUCCCCGUGUCAACGUCAUCCCUGUCAUUGGCCGCGCCGAUUCAUUGACCCCCGCCGAACUUGCUGAGUCGAAGAAGCUAGUGAUGGAGGAUAUCGAGCACUACCGAAUCCCCGUCUACAACUUCCCCUACGACAUCGAGGAGGACGAUGAGGAUACUGUUGAGGAGAACGCCGAGCUUAGAGGCCUCAUGCCCUUUGCCAUCGUAGGCUCCGAGGAUGUCCUUGAAAUUGGCGGCCGCAAAGUCCGAGCUCGUCAAUAUCCGUGGGGUGUUGUAGAGGUCGACAACCCUCGUCAUUCCGACUUCCUGGCCAUUCGAUCGGCUCUUCUUCACAGCCAUCUUGCCGAUCUAAAGGAAAUCACCCACGAUUUCCUCUACGAGAACUACCGUACUGAGAAGCUUUCUAAGAGUGUGGAGGGCGGUGCUGGAGUUGACUCGUCAAUGAACCCCGAAGACCUGGCUUCCCAGUCUGUGCGCCUAAAGGAGGAGCAGCUUCGCCGAGAAGAGGAGAAGCUUCGCGAGAUCGAGGUCAAGGUCCAACGCGAGAUUAACGAGAAGCGACAGGAGCUCUUGGCCCGCGAAUCGCAAUUGCGCGAAAUCGAGGCGAGAAUGGCACGAGAAGCCGCCGCAGCCUCGGGAACGCCCGAGGCGAAUGGCGAGAACGACGGCAACUAAACGCCCUAGAACGACAUCUUUUCUAUCUCUACUUCUGGUAUACCGGCGGCCAGAUAGCAGUACGGACUUGUGGCGUUGGGUGUUUGAUAUCCCCUAGUCCCCGACUCCCCUGAACUAAGGCCAUUCGAGACGACGUUAUAUGAAACCCUAAAAAAGCUAAUGGUUGGUGCAUGAGGUGUGCGAAGCAGAGGGUUUGGUGAAGAGCUUGUCAGGAAUAAGACCCGGGCAGCAUUGAUAUCCCCUACAAUUAUUGCAUGCCCAAUUUUCGGAAAAGGGACGAUGGUACUAUGGGAAAAGAAAACAACCUUUGUGUUCCCCGAUUUUUCAUAUCUAGGCACAUCGUCCCGCUGAGAAGCCGAAGGUGGUGAGGGGGAUAGCCAAGCUACCUUUGAAUCUUCUGCGAGUCGAUGUCCAUUUUACUAGUUGCAAACUGUGUAGCCUUUUUCUACUUUCACGCCCCCUUUUCUCCUAGUAUUAGUGCCUUCUAAUGCAGAUAUCAAUACGAGUUUUCUUUGAUGUCUACCAAAAUUGGCAUUACAUUGUACUUAUAAGGAAUUCGUACUUAUAAUUUUUUUGUAAA